AUGGGUAGCACCAACACCAUGCUUCGUUUGACAACGUUUUACAUUCUACUGGUGGCAACCUUGGCACAAAAUGGCUACGAGUACAACAAACCUGGCCAGCCUUUUAAUCAGGGAACUCCAUCAAGCCGUCCAGGUUACCCAUCUGGAGCAUCUGGAGGUGGAUACACAACUUUUUCACCCUAUACAACUCCGCAAAGCGUAGAUUACCAUAACGGAGGAUCGGGAUCGACACCGAGUUAUCCGUCUGGACCAUCAAAAUAUCCGUCAAGUGGUGGUAAUCAGAACUAUCCAGGAACUAACCAACAGUCUCAUACAGGAUAUCCUGGGUCCCGCCCAUCUUAUCCAAACCAAGGAACCAGCAGUCCUAGUUCCGGUUAUACUGGCCAAUCAGGAACAAACUACCCUGGACAAACUGGACAAGCACUAGGACUCCCCGGUAUUUCAAGUGGCAGGCCUGGUGGUUCCGGUACUCCCGGUUUUGGGACACCUGCAUUUGGCUCCGGUUCGCCCGGUUUAGGACCCAGCUUACCUGGUUUUGCUCCCGGCACCCCCGGGUUUGGUCCUGGUAGCCCCGGUUUCGGCCCCGAUGAUACAGGAGCUUACGAAGGAGGUGAUUAUUCGGCUAUACCCGGUGAACCGGACAAGGAUUACCCAAUAUUGUCUAUUAUUCCAGAAACAUCAUUCAGUUGCAAUGCACAACGCUAUCCAGGAUAUUAUGCUGAUGUUGAAACUCGUUGUCAGGUCUUUCACGUUUGCGCUAAUAAUAUCACUUAUGAUUUCCUGUGUCCCAAUGGAACAAUCUUCUCCCAGGAGGUAUUCGUAUGUGUCUGGUGGAAUCAGUUCGACUGCAACUCUGCUCCCAGUUUCUAUGAACUCAACGCCAAUCUCUAUGAUUACUCUAUAACAGGAUCAUCUUACCCUGGAAGCACUGGGCCAUCAAACUAUCCUUCAGGUACGCCCUCAGGUUUCCCAGGACCUCAAAGACCAUCAGGCUAUCCAGGGGUCACAGGGGCGCAGGGACCAUCCCCUUCUUAUCCAAAUAACAAUGGACCACAAGGCCCAUCAACUGGUUAUCCAGGAGGGCAAAGGCCUCAGGGCCCAUCUAGCCCAUCUGGCCCAUCUGGUCCACAAGGCCCUUCAUCUAUCUAUCCUGGCCAACAAAGCCCGUCAUCUACCUAUCCUGGUCAACAAGGCCCUUCAUCUACAUACCCCGGUCAACAAGGCCCUUCAUCUAACUACCCUGGCCAACAAGGCCCCUCGUCUAACUAUCCUGGCCAGCAAGGCCCCUCAACUGCCUACCCUGGCCAACAAGGCCCGUCAUCUCCUUACCCUGGACAACAAGGUCCCUCAUCUACCUAUCCUGGUCAACAAGGGGCAACAUCCUCAUACCCUGGAAGUUCCGGAUACCCUGGUUCUCAAAGUCAGACAACCUCACAAAGGCCGAACUAUCCCGGAUCACAAGGUGCAUCAAAUUAUCCUGGAUCUCAAUCUGGAAGCAGUCAAGGCUACCCGUCUGGCAGACCUAAUGGACCCAGUUUCCCAACUGGUGGCAAUGGAGGAAGACCUCAAGGUCUUCAAGGUGACAGAUAUCCUACGCAGACGCCCAACAGAGAAUACCUCCCGCCUAAAAAAUAA